CUCUCACUCAUUCAUCUGAAUCAUAGCCCUAACAGGGAUAUCACGAGACUACUCCCUUGAUAAACGAAUCUAGUACCUCUCCGCAUUUACCUACUCACGAGGCUUCGGGUUACAGCUGGCUAGAAGCAUUAAGUCGACUUCCAUGACAAACCCUAGUUAAACUCCACCCGUCGACCUACAUCCUGCAUAUGUUUGUAUCUAUUUAACCACUCAUCCGCACUCACCUUUUUACCUUUCGACACUUCCUCACUAAACCCUCCUCUUUCAAUACUUCCUUUCUUCAAGCACACGUCUCUAGAUACCCAUUUCCAGUGUUUGAAAGCAUCAAGCUAUCUCAGGAGAUUCACAUCAAGACCUCGUAUUCUACCAUCCUCUAAAUUGAGCCAAGUAACAAUGGCUCCCGAUCUCAACUCCCUCCCUCCCUCUAAUGGAGAGAGCAUGGCUGCUCCUCAGCUCUCUUCAGAGUCGGAGACACCCAACAUCCUCUUUAUCAUGGCCGAUCAACUGGCUGCUCCUCAACUCAAGAUGUACAACCCCAACUCUCAGAUCAAGACACCAAACCUCGACCGUCUUGCUUCAACUGCUGUCCAGUUCGACUCUGCUUACUGCCCCUCACCACUCUGCGCUCCCUCGCGCAUGAGUUUGAUCAGUGGCCAACUACCUAUGAAGAUUGGUGCUUACGACAACGCUGCCCAGAUUGGCUCUGAUGUGCCAACUUAUGCCCACUACCUCCGUUCCAAGGGUUACCACACUGCUCUUGCUGGAAAGAUGCACUUCAUCGGUGACCAACUUCACGGUUACGAACAGCGACUUACCAGUGAUAUCUACCCCGGUGACUUUGGUUGGGCUGUGAACUGGGAUGAGCCUGACACCCGCCUUGAGUGGUACCACAACGCCAGCUCCAUUCUCCAAGCUGGUCCCUGUGGCCGAAGCAACCAGCUCGACUACGAUGAGGAGGUCAUGUUCAAGAGCACUCAAUACCUUUGGGAUCACGUUCGAGAGGGACCUAAGAAGCGACCUUUCGCACUGACUGUUUCGCUUACUCACCCACACGACCCUUACACUAUCACCAAGAAGUACUGGAACCUGUAUGAGGAUGUCGACAUCGCCCUACCUGAGGUGAAGAUGAACAAGGAAGACCUUGAUGCCCACAGCCAACGCCUUCUGAAGGUCUGCGACCUUUGGGACCAGGACUUUUCAGAGGAGCAGAUCAAGCGCGCCAAGCGAGCUUACUACGGCUCAGUGAGCUAUGUUGACGACUGCAUCGGUCGCCUUCUUGAGACACUCGAGGAUGCGGGUCUGGCCGAGAACACCAUUGUCAUCUUCAGCGGCGACCACGGCGACAUGCUGGGUGAGCGUGGACUCUGGUACAAGAUGAGCUACUUCGAGUCAUCUGUUCGAGUUCCCAUGUUGAUCAACUACCCCAAGCGAUUCACUCCCCACCGCGUCACUCAAAACGUUUCAACUCUCGAUCUUCUACCAACGAUCUGCGACUUGGUUGGCACUAAGCCAUCACCCUACUUGCCAAUGGAUGGAAUCAGCAUGCUACCGCAUCUCGAAGGCCGCGAAGGCCACGACACUGUUAUCGCAGAGUACACUGGUGAAGGUACUGUUCGCCCUAUGAUGAUGAUCCGACGAGGCGAUUGGAAGUACAUCACCUGCCCAGCUGAUGAGCCUCAGCUUUACAACCUUGCACGCGACCCUAAGGAAUUGGACAACCUCGCCCGUUUCAGAAAGAUUGCACCACAAACACCCGAGCAGGAGGAAGCCAGGGAAGUCUUCCACAAGUUCGAGGCCGAGGCCCAUGCUCGCUGGGACUUUGAUGAAAUCACCGAGAAGGUUCUUCUAUCUCAACGCACACGACGAGUUGUGUGGGACGCUCUCAAGGAGGGUGAGUUCACUAGCUGGGACUUCAACCCCGAUGAUGAUGGCAGGAAGAAGUACAUCCGCUCCACCAUCCCUCUUGAUGAUCUGGAACGCCGAGCUCGUUAUCCAUUUGUCGAUGCCAAUGGAUACGAGAGCAAGGCUGUAUCCCAUGUUCGCAACAGCUAAAUUUCACACCCCAAAAUCUUAUGAGCUAUGACCGAGGUAUCUUUUUGAUUCGGCGUUUUUCACUUUAGCGGUUAUUCUUGAUGUUAUUACAGCAUGGAAGAUGUUGAAUUUAUGAACACUUUUUCGCAUCAAGCAUAGCCAGCUAUGAUUUCUUGUAUUUAAAUUGAUGAAAAGCCAUAAAUUGAUUGAAUGAAACUCUAAUGAGCUUAAGAACUUUUGGUGUACC